GAAUGAAUAUUAAAGGCAAUGAAUGCCAGUAUUAAAACAGUUGUUAGCGACCAAUGAUUUGAAAUAAAAUUAGUUAUUGUUGUAAUCAUUUGAUACAAAUGGCUUCAUCGAAACCAUCAAAAUCAUUAUCACAGACUACUCAACAGUCAUCGCUAUCAUCUGAUCAACCAAUAGUACCACACGUUUCUUGUCCGUCAUCGCCACCAACCACUCAUUCUUCUGGUGUUUCAUCCAUAACUUCCAGUGCCAGCGCUGAUGCAAAAGUGAGUUCUAGUCGAUUGUCUUCACACACAUCGACAUCAUCGACGUCUUCGUCUUCAUCCAACUUAUUUGCAUUCGGUUGUAGUCACCAAUGGUCUCGACAAUCGAGUCUAGACGAGGGUGUCUUUCACUCGACAUGCAAUUCUCCGGCUAAAUCUAUACCAAGUAGUCCUAUUGGACCUAAGUUUAAGUUAAUACAUGAGGGAGACAUACAAUUAUGUCGACUCAAUCAUCAGCGAACAGUUAUCAGCAAAAUCUUGAGCUCUAAAUUCUUGAGGCGAUGGGAAUCACACCAUCUUUACUUGACUUCUGUUAAUAUCACAUCCAAAACUCCGAUUGGGUUUUUGGAAGUGCCCGUAGCCUACAGUCAAAUAGAGGACGUAUAUAUAGUUUCGCGUUGGGAUAGCAGUCAAAAGUUCUGUAUAAGAAUCGUUAUACCCGACGGAUCAGUUCUACUUCAGUUACCAAAUAAAUGGUUAAGAGAUCAAUGGUUACAUUCAAUCAAUUGGAAAAGGAGCAUGCUCAAAUUUCAACUUAUUCUCAUUAAUUUGUCCAUCAGAAGUGAUGUCAUCACCAAAGAGCUAAAAAAUUUGAUUGAUAUGUCUUUAACGACUCCAUUACAAGACGAGUGUAUAUAUCAAACACCACUGGAAAUAAUAAGUAAACUUUUGAAUGACAGACAAAUUAAUAUAAACUCUAGAGAAGAGACACCAGAAAUGAGAGCACAUAAUAGAGAACUAAAUGAAGAAAUCAUUUCUAUAUUAUCACCACUUCUGGAGAGAACUAAUCCAACUCAAGAAAUCUGUCAAUUUCUAAGUCAACACUGUCGUCUAAAUCCCAGAUCACUGGUUGUUCGCGAGUAUUACAGCGAAAUAACUCAACGAAUCCUUAAACAUAACAUGGAUUUCAGUAAAUAUCCAAAAAUGCGAGUUUUAGUUCAGGACUAUGUCCUUGCAAUCAACUCGCAAAACGAUGGCACAAAUCUUGUCAAACUUUUCAUUAAAUGUGUUCACGGCCUAAGCAGUACAUGUCCUCACCCACGAGUGCUUAUUAAUAUUAUAAACGUAUGUUUGGCCGCUUUGUCUACACUUUUCGAAGAAAGAAGAGCUGAACGGAGUUCCGAUAUCGACACAAAUAAAACUAAUUAUCAUAUCAUUGAAGAAGAAUGGAAAUCUAAAAUCAAUUGUUUUAUUAAUAUUUUGUAUUUUAUUUCAUUUCAUGAAGAUUGGAGACCAGGAUUGGCCCAAAUAUUACAACCGAUUCCUUUUCCAGACAUUGCAUUAACUAUACCAGUGUUUACAUCAUCAUUUAAAUCUGUGAUAAAAAACAUAUGUUUAGAUAAUAGAUGCGAAGUCCAUCAGUUAUUAUUAGGGGUCAGAGAGGAAAAGGAGAGUUGGCUUCAGACCUACUGUCCGGGAAGUAUUGCUUGCGAUGACGAGGGAGACCUUUGGAGUUUCAUUCUAAAAAAUUUAAUCAAUUGUUGCUGUCGUCGCAAAGGCUUUUUGAUGACACUAAACAAGAGUUUGGGUCCGAUUAUGUUACGGGCGCUCAGGGAUGACGAUACCUGUCAACAAAUAUUGUGCGCUAUGUUAGAGCUUAAUGUUGUCGAUAGCAUUGAUAUGCAGCAACAGAUCAUUACAACAUUGCAAACCACACAAACUGGAAGAUCAUAUUAUAGUGAUCUUUGCCAAAGACAACUACAUCUCAAAGAAUUGCAACAGAAAGGCGGCCCAAAAAAGUUGACACUUCCGUCGCGAUCGACAGACGCCGACGUAACCAAACUGUUGAGUUGCGGCUCAUUUGGAAACCUCGAGUGUCUCUCAUUGGCCUUCACUCAAGUGACCAGUGCUUGUGCUGAACAACUCAUUAAAUUGCCUUCACUUAGAUAUUUGAAUCUAUGGUCAACUCAGUUUGGCGAUAAUGGUUUGCAAUUGAUAUCAGAGCACUUACAGAAACUACAAGUUCUUAAUUUAUGUGAAACACCCGUCACCGACAAAGGAUUGAAAUACUUAACGGCAAUGAAGAAUCUCCGUAAACUUAAUCUAAACAGUACACGCCUUUCAACCCAAACCUUUGAGCGCCUCAAACAAAAGCUACCGGCCCUUCAAGAGAUUGAUAUUAGAUAUACGGAAGCAUGGUGAUGAUGGUGUCAUUAUAUAUUGUGUACAUCAUUAUAAACACAGUAUAUUUUGUGUGCCGAUUAACAAAAUGUAGAUAUUUAUUAUUAAAUCAUAUUAUAAACCACGAAUAUAUAGUGCACUGGUUGGUGAUAAUAUGCAGAGAUGGCAUGGAUCAGGUAAUAGCUGGUCAUUCCACUCAAACCUAUAAAACCUUAAUAUUCAUUUAUAUUAUGAUAUAUAUUUCAAAUUAUAUACACAUAUAUA